GGGGCGACCCACGCGGCCCAGCUUAGGGCACACAUUGGGAGCGCUGUCGAGGUCUCGCAUUCUUACUUUCUGCCGCCUUGUGCGCCAUGGUUCCCUCCCGGGUCCGGACCAGUAGAUGGGUGGCAGCGGCCAGGGCGGCCCAGAGGCGCCCCCGUGUGGACAGCCUGGGACAGCCUCCGAGUCCUGAGUCCGCGAGCACGCGCGCGGCGCUUUACGUGCACUGGCCUUAUUGCGAGAAGCGCUGCAGCUACUGCAACUUCAAUAAGUACAUCCCCCGCGGCGUGGAGGAGGGGGCCGUGCGAAAUUGCCUGGUGACCGAGGCAAGGACGCUGCUGCGGCUCAGCGGGGUGCAGAGGGUGGAGUCUGUGUUCUUUGGUGGAGGAACCCCGAGUCUGGCCAGUCCCCACACGGUGGCUGCUGUCCUGGAGGCGGUGGCACAGGAAGUCUACCUGCCCGCAGAUUCGGAAGUCACCUUGGAGGCCAACCCCACUUCAGCCCCAAGUCCCAGGCUGGCAGCUUUUGGAGCAGCAGGAGUGAACAGGUUGUCCGUUGGUUUACAGUCCCUGGAUGACACGGAGCUGCAGCUGCUGGGCCGGACUCACUCAGCCAGCGACGCUUUACGGACUCUGGCGGAGGCCAAGAACCUUUUCCCUGGCAGAGUGUCGGUGGAUUUGAUGCUGGGGUUACCGGCACAAAAGGUGGAGCCAUGGCUUCAACAGCUUCGGAAACUGCUGGACCACUGCGACGACCACCUCUCCCUCUACCAGCUGACCCUGGAACGGGGCACAUCACUCUUUGCCCAGGUACAGCAGGGUACCCUCCCGGCCCCUGACCCGGACCUGGCUGCUGAGAUGUACCAGGAGGGCAGGACAGUUCUUCGAGACGCUGGCUUUCGCCAGUAUGAGGUCUCCAACUUUGCACGGAACGGGGCGCUCAGUACCCACAACUGGACGUACUGGCAGUGCGGUCAGUACCUUGGCAUUGGGCCUGGAGCCCAUGGACGAUUUGUGCUCCAGGGAGCUGGAGGCCAUACCCGGGAAGCACGGAUCCAGACACUGGAGCCAGACAACUGGAUGAAAGAAGUGAUGCUCUUUGGUCAUGGCACCCGGAAGUGCAUCCCCCUGGGCAAGCUGGAGCUGCUGGAGGAGGUUUUGGCUAUGGGGCUUCGAACUGAUGUGGGGCUCACUCACCAGGUAAAGGACUGGGGGUUCUCAGAUACUAUUAGCUCCUCCUCAGAGUUAGAGAAUCGCUCUCUUGCUUUCUUUCUCUUGCUCUGUCCUCUUGGCCCUUACCCCCUCUCUACUCCCCUCCCGCCAUCUCUCAACAUGCUUAUGGCUCUCUCUCUC